AUGGCGGCGAUUCGGAAGGAGCAGCGUCGGGCACUGGAGCCGCUGGAGUACCAACUGGCAACUAAGACUCGUGACCUCCAGGACAUCCUCACAACGCUUAACAAUAAGGUGGGUUGACCGGUGGGUAGCGGUCCAUCUGCAGUAGCUUAGUUAACCUUUCGCCUCUUUCAGGAGUGGUUGUCGUUAUUGUUGGACAGAAAGUCACUCCUCUUGAUACGUACAUCUUGAGGGCGCAGGCCAUUGCUCUCCUUCCUGUCAGAAACCCGGUUCAGCCAAGCCAAUGGCUACCUGAUGUGGCUUGUUGUAGGGAUCGUUUGCUGUAGCUCCUGGCUCCGAAGGUGUACAUCCUCAUCCGCCACCCCGACACACAGAAUGGUACUGGCCUGGUGACGGUGGUAGUGGUUGUAGUGAAGUGCUGAGAGAAUCACUACGCUUUGGGUUUUCGUUUUCCAACCCAUAAUACUAAUAAUAAGGGUUUCAUAUAACAACAUACUAAUAUAUAACAUAAUAUAUAUAAUAUAGAAUCAUAUAAUAAUAAUAAUUUUUUGUAUCCCUUUCCUGCCUUGCCAAUCUGCUCUAACGCUUUUACUCGCCGCCUCUACGGGCAUGUAGUCCCUUCCUGUGCGUUACAUUUUAGUUCAACAUCAUGGAGAAGUCUGUGGAGCAGCUUGCCAGCCCUGGCCGCGACCAACCCCGUGCGCGCCAACUUUUCGUGCAUACGCUCACAGACCUGGGCGUCUCUUUUUUCGCUUUCAUCACAGCUCUCAUCCAAAUACUCAUUCGCUUCCUCAACGCCGGUGCAACCGUAACUCAGAACCGGUAAGUCCGCUGUUAAUACGCCUUCCCUUGAGGACACACAGCUGGCACGGGUGGCAAAGAGCCAAUUUACUUGCCCCUAAGUAUCUUUAGACAGGAACAGGGAGGUAGACAUUAUUGCCAGAGUUUUCCUGACCCGAAAACGAAAAACCCGUGUCUUUGGAGGCGUAUAGUUUGCAAAUGGGAGGAAGACAAGCAGUUACAUAUAUAAGUCAGACUGGGUUUUGGCCGCGGUUUGAUUUAUUACGCCGUUACAGCCCUUCCGGACGUGACUUCUUUUUUCCUCUCUUUUUCUAGUGUUUCCGCCAUCGUCCUAAACAUCAGUCUGCUGUGUGUCUUUUUGGCAGUUUUCCUCUGGGAGCCAGUGUCCCGUCGCUGGCGAAACGAUACCUGA